UAGCUGGAAGCCAUAUUCUCGAAAUAAUUCUAUCUUGGAAUUUUAUAUCGGAUAUUUGUUUGCUGGCGUUUGACUUUCACUUUAGUAUUGUUACUGUUAAUUGCAUAAUAUUUUAAUUUACAAGUGUUUUUCAUGGAAAUAGCCUACUUCAACUUAUUUUGACUCGAUUCUAAAUUUGAAGGUUAGUGUAGGGUACUGAUCUCAUUCUGGAUGUGAUGUUUGGGUCAGAAAAGGAGAUGGAAAAUAAAGAAGCUCCUGAAGGUAAAUCAGAAAACACCAAAGAACAGAUUAAUGAGGUUAAAAACCAGGAGGAGGAUUUGAAAAAACAAAGUGUGCCCAUUUUUUCACAGGAAGAGGUAUCUGAAAAGAAUGAUUCCAAAGACAAUGACCCCGAAAAUGAUAAAACUGUAAAGAAAAGGCAUGAUAGAAGUCCAAGUAACAGCAGUAGCGAUUCUUCUCGAGGUAAGAGUCGAAGCUGUAGUAAAAGCAGAGAACGACGCCACAGAAAAAGCAAGAGCAGAGAAAGAAGUCGUUUAGGUGGAAGCCGUAGUAGGAGGACAAGAUCUAGAUCUAGAAGUCCAAGAAAAGGCAGCGAUAAGAGGAGGAGGAGAAGCAGGAGCAGGACUCGUAGUCAUAGUAGGGGCAGAUAUAGAAUAGGACAUGGAAGAAGUCCUCCUAGAAGGUACAGAUCAAGAAGUCGAGGCAGAAGAUCCAGGAGCAGAGAUCGUUAUCGUAGAGAUCGGAGCAGGGAAAGGAGCUAUGGUGGCCGAGACCGCAAAGGUCGACAUAGUCCAAGACGUAGUCGUAGUAGGAGUAAGAGUAAACAGAUGUAUAGGCAGGGUGGUCAAAUUAAGCUUGAUGACAAAAACAGUAUUGCAAAAAAAGACUCAAAAGAAGGAGAUUCCAAAGAUUCUAAUAGUGGUCCAGUGGAGAAACCCAGCAACCUUCCUUUAAACGAUGUUGGGUCAAUUGGUAUGACCCCUCAAAUGGCCUUGCAACAGCAGAUGGCUGCCAUGAGUGCCAAGGCCCAAGCUUUGACCGGGAUAUCUCUGCCUAAAUACUAUAACCCGGCUGCUGUCAAUCCCUUAAAGUAUGCCGAACAGCAGCAGAAAAGAAAAUUGUUGUGGCAAGCUACCAAGGAGAAAGAGAAGGCCCCUGCCUCUUCCACCCUUUGGGAAAAACUUUCAUUCAGUCAAGACCAAGAUGGGAAGAUGACAGCCAAGUUUCGCAAGCUGAUGGGAAUUAAGGAAGAAGGUGGUGAUGUUGGCUGCAGUGAAAGUGUUGAAGGGAACCCACAACCUCAAACAGAGGAUGAAGCUUUGAAACAACAGGAGUCACUCUUCAGAGACCUAGAUCAACAGUAUGAAAUAGCUAGAAUGUCUACACACACACACAGAGGAGUUGGACUAGGCUAUUCAUCUCAACCAACAGCUUUCUUCCCUCCAGCUCAGAAGUGAGAUAUUUGGUGCUGGAGAAAGAAAGAUGAGAGACUGCUUAGAACCGACAAUAUAAGUGUAUAUCUGCAAAAGAAAGAGGUUAUAUUUGAGUUUAAAACCUUUCUUGAUUCAAGUCAAUCCAAAUUUUACAUUUUCUUGUCUUAUUUAUAAAGUAGACAAAAUACAAAAUUGUUUACUCUUAAUAUUCUCAAGAUUGGAGAUUUCACAUAAAGAAGCCUUUCAUAUUUUGGGAUUACUUGUAAGAACUUUUCAGAAUAAGUUAUUUCCUUAGCAUAUAUAAUGAGUUUCAAAAUAAUAUUAAAUAAAUAGUUGGAAUUAGUAACUGUGUUAAAAACUGAUAUAAUUUUUUUGGAAAUUUUAUUAGUAAACCAGCACAACAUUGCACUAAACUAAAAAAGAUAAUAAUGAAGUAUAAGCAGACUGUAAGUAUUUGAAAAUGUUUUGUACAUAAUGCUAGAAAGGUUGUCAGAGCCACAAGUGUGAGGAGCCUUUACAUUAACAUGUAUCAUCACUUGCUUAGUUUUAGAUAUCUUUUACCAUAGAAUGUAUAAACUGUUGAUGUAGAGUAGUAAUACAUGGUUUUCUGUUAAUAGCUUCUUUAUUUGAAAUCAAUGUGACAAGUGUGUUACUCGGUGUUGCAACCAACUUCUGUCUUUGGUGUAAAAGAUGUUAUAAUAAAAUAUUUUCAGAAAAUUUUA